AUGCCGACGCUAGAUCCCGCGAACUUUGAUCGAUUCUUUCGCGUUUUGAUUUGUGGCUCCAGUGGGGUUUGUCAAUUCGAAACGAGUUUUAAAUUUUCAAAAAUAAAUUAAAGGUUGGAAAAAAGACGCUUUUGAAGUCUUUUUGUACGGAUGGAGAUGGCGAGGACACGUGGGCCUCCUUUGUACUCGAUGGCGAGAAAAUUCUCGUAGUUGGAAAAACAAAUAAAAUGGUUAGUAUCAAUGGAAAAAAGAAAAACUGACACACCCAUCGAAAAUUGAUGAAUGUUUUCGUCAUAAUCUUAUGUACUGGAUUUUCAUAGAGCAUCUUAAUUUUAGAAUUUGUUAGCACAGAUUUUUCUGAAAAAGAAUGAUUCAGGGUUUUUUUUUCUGGAAGCUGAGUAGGAGAAAUGCUUCAAUUUCGAUGAAUAAAAAAAAAAUUUUAAAAUGACAACAAAAAAAUUGAAACUUCAAAAAAAGCUGGUUUUUCAGUGGCGAAAAGAGUUUUACCACGACUAUGACGCCGUCGCGGUGGUUUUCGCCACUGACGAUGUUUUUGUAAGAGCUUCCAUUGAUUGCAGUACUUUUGAACCCAAAAUGUCUAGAGUUUUGAAUACGCCCUGGAAGUGAUGAACGAAAUGACGAGGGGUCCGCCGCUGCCAACCGUCGUCAUCGAAAACAAGAUUGACGUCGUCGAGAGCACCGAAAUGCGGAAAGAAGACGUCGAAUCGGCGAUGCACGACAGGAGAAAGCGACUUUAUAGGUCAUUAUUUUUCUGUCUUGAACCGCCCAAGCAGCACUUCGACUUCGCGAUAGCGUUGCGGUUGAAAAAAAUUCAGAAAUUUGUUCUUGUAUACUCUAACGCCUUCCCUCUUUUUGAAUAGGGCCAGGCUGGAAAAAAGAUUCAACUUGAGACAAUUUUUUGAAUUUUCCUUUUCAAGUUUUAAACAAAAACUUCACCAACCUUUUUUAAGGGACAAAAAAACCACGAAAUGUUUUCAGGGUAUCGGCGUCAAAAGAGUUCAACGUGAUGCACCCAUUCGCCUACCUUCUCGAGAGGUUAACGAGGUACAAGAAAGACGAAAACGCAAAUGAGCGGAAACAUUCUUCGCCGGUCGAGUCUAUUCGUCUUGGCUCAAGGGAAGGUUGGCCAGAAAUCCCGGCCACUGGCGCCAGUCGGAAGUCUAAUAAGGACCGAUGUAUUGUUAUGUGA